CAGAUUCCUACUGUAAGUCAGCAGAAACAUUUCAGAAACUCUUCCCAAAUCCAUUUAGACUUUUCACCUUCUUGAUGUCACAGCUCACAAAGAAAGAUUUUCUUAUAUAUCUGCAGUAACCAGGUGUAAUGUAACAUUAGAAAGAAAAUGGAAAACUAUCAUGAUUCAGCGAGCUCAUCUGCUUCUGGUUUCCUCUCGGUCCCUAAGCUCACUGGGGAUGACAUGUACCACGUUUUCAUCAGCUUCAGUGGAGAAGACUCUACAUGGGUGGAGCAACUUAUCCAAAAACUGGAGGCCACAUUUCCAGAUAUUAAAAUCUGUUUUCAUAAUCGGGACUUUACUCCAGGAAAGACGAUCAUAGAAAACAUGACCGAGUGCAUCCAGAGGAGUCAGAAAAUUCUGAUGGUGCUGAGCCCGGAUUUUGUGCACAGUCGGUGGUGCCUCUUUGAAGCCAAUCUCUCCAUGUUCCAGGACUGUACGUCACAUAAAGCCAUUGUCCCUGUCAUGCUGAAGCCGUGCCCGAUGCCUCUAUAUCUCAGCCAUUUAACUUACCUAGAAGCUGAAGACGAACAGUUCUACAAAAAACUGUGCAACAGGCUACUGAAGACUAAUGCUAAGGAAACCGAAGACGUCCUGGUUCACUUCCAAUCAUCUAUACUAUAUGGCGGAAAACAUCUGCUCUCUCUGUCCGCAGUAAAUGAAGAUAAUGAAGUUUGCAAUGGAGUUUUCUCUAACGCUUGUGUGCCGGAUGCUCUCAAAGCAGUUGUGAAAGACCCAGAAAUAUACAAGAAAGCUAUUCGACUGAUAAAUGAUACCCCGCCUUUCGAGGAUGUCUUUAAGUCUAUUUGGACUAAAGUGUUUCUUGUAAUUGUCUUUUUACCACUCGCUCUUUUUACUUUUGGAUUUUCAUUAGCUAAUUUAACUUGGUCUUACUUUUUACACUUACCUACAUGUAUUCUUCCAUUAGGUCUUGCAAUAUUUAAAGCAAAGUAUUUAGAAAAGAACAGGACUAAAAAGCUUGUCCAGAACAUGAGCAGAAGAAUUGGUGAAGCCAAUCUACUCUUAGCCGAGACUUCAGUCCUCGCCGGUUGUGCUUCCAAGUCCAGUUUAGUUUUUGUUUUUGUUUCUUUAAAACGAUGUAAAGAUAUGUUCUCUAUUGCCUCCGGGUCUGAUAGAGAAAUGGCAAAACAUAUGUGGCAAAGAGCCAUGAUCAGAUAUUCAUCGGAUUACGCCAAUUGUCUGGCCAAGAAACACUUUCCGUGCGGUGACUCCCGGCCUCCUGGACACUUAGUAGACGGUAUCUGCUUCUGCCAGUAUGUGGCCAUACAAAUAGAACAAGGGCACUGGCCGUAACAUCACCUUUAUAAUGUAUAAGGCGAAAUCUGAAAGAAAAUGGAAAACUCUCAAGAUUCAGAAUAUGGAGAUUCAGCGAGCUCAUCUGCUUCUGGUUUCCUCUCAGUCCCUAAGCUCACUGGGGAUGACAUGUACCACGUUUUCAUCAGCUUCAGUGGAGAAGACUCUCAAUGGGUGGCGCAGCUUAUGCAAAAACUGGAGGCCACAUUUCCAGAUAUUAAAAUCUGUUUUCAUAAUCGGGACUUUACCCCAGGAAAGACGAUCAUAGAAAACAUGACCGAGUGCAUCCAGAGGAGUCAGAAAAUUCUGAUGGUGCUGAGCCCGGAUUUUGUGCACAGUCGGUGGUGCCUCUUUGAAGCCAAUCUCUCCAUGUUCCAGGACUGUACGUCACAUAAAGCCAUUGUCCCUGUUAUGCUGAAGCCGUGCCCGAUGCCUCUAUAUCUCAGCCAUUUAACUUACCUAGAAGCUGAAGACGAACAGUUCUUCGAAAAAAUGUGCAACAGGCUACUGAAGACUAAUGCUAAGGAAACCGAAGACGUCCUGGUUCACUUCCAAUCAUCUAUACUAUAUGGCGGAAAACAUCUGCUCUCUCUGUCUGCAGUAAAUGAAAAUGAUGUAAAAGUUGGUAUUGGGGUUUUCUCUGACACUUGUGUGCCAGACGCUCUCAAAGCAGUUGUGAAAGACCCUGAAAUAUAUAAGAAAGCUAUUCGACUGAUAAAUGAUACCCCGCCUUGUGUUAAUAUUAUAAAGCCAUAUUGGGCAAAAGUUUUUAUUAUCAUUUUUCUGAUUUCAUUCAUAUUUUUUUUAAUGCUUUCUUAUAAUACUAUGAUUCCCCCAACUUACUUGAACUUUUUACACUUACCAACGUAUAUGAUUCCAUUAGGUGUUGUAUUUUAUAAACUAAAUAAUUCAGAACAUCGUAGGUUUAAAACAAUGGCCCAGAACAUGAGCAGAAAAACUGGUGAAGCCAAUCUACUGUUAGUCGAAACUUCAAUCCUCGCUGGUUGCGCUUCUAUGUCCAGUUUGGUCUUUGUUUUUGUCUCUUUAAAGCAAUGUAAACAUAUGUUCCACAUUGCCUUCGGGUCCCAUACUGAACUGGAAAAAUGUAUGUGGAAAAAAUCCAUUAUCAGAUAUUCAUCAGAUUACGCCAAUUGUCUGGCCAAGAAACAUUUUCCGUGUGGUGACCCCCAGACACCUGGGCAUUUAGCAAAUGGUAUCUGCUUCUGCCAGUAUGUGGCCACACAGAUAGAACAAGGUGACUGGCCGUAACAUUACAUUUAUAAUCUCUUUUUGCUGUCUAUAAAUUGUCAUAUAGUCGUAAUGUAGUUAAUCGUCCUGCCAGGGGUUAUAAAAAAAAAAAAAACAUCAUGGUUAGUGGGUUAGUGAUGGUGUGGGCACAGGAGGAAACUCCAAUUCUAGCCAUGCAACCCCUUAAAUGUCAAAAGCAACCAGGACACAUAAGUAGUGUAAUAAGUGAGGGGGCUUCUUCUAUUAACUCAUUGGUGCCUUGAUAACUCACCCAUUAACAUUUCCCUGAGUCUCCCAUAGGCAUAUACCCUUUAGAUCAUGACAGAAAAAAGUUUUUAUGAAUUUUCUGUUAUCAGGCUAUAAAGCAUCAGUAUGGUAAAUGUGACUAAUAAAUUUUUUUUAUAUACAAGGUGUUUUUUUUUUUCUU